GUAAAGUCACAUCAUAAACUGUCAGAGCUGCAGUUCACUUCACAACACUCCGACCAGGAAGUCUAAAAAAAACGGUGCUGCCUAUUUGACCAUGCUAUUUUUGCAGGCUGCACACGCAGGCAAUCGCACAAUGUGACUUGUUUCACAAUGAGUAAGAGGAAAGGCAAAGUGAUCAGUGACGCAACAACUGUCAAGAGCCGCAGAGCGACAGCUGUGGGUCUGGAAGAUGCACCAGAUAAUAGAAACCAUCAGGGACCAUCUUCCAACAAACUCUGUCUGUCUGCCACGGGAGACAUUGGCCUCAUUGAAAGCAUCACUCUCAAGAAUUUCAUGUGUCACUAUUUGCUCGGUCCGUUCCAGUUUGGGCCCAAUGUGAACUUCAUCGUUGGCAACAAUGGAAGUGGAAAAAGUGCCAUCCUGACUGCUUUGAUUGUGGGCCUCGGUGGAAAGGCCACUAUCACAAACAGAGGAGUGUCACUGAAAGAUUUUGUAAAGUCCGGUGAAAAUACUGCAGAUAUAACAGUGAAGCUGAGGAACAGAGGAGCAGAUGCUUAUAAAAGAGAAAUCUUCGGUGACUGCAUCUCCAUUGAGCAUCGGAUCUCAGUUGAUGGAUGUCGGACCUGCAAGCUGAAGAGCAAAUCAGGACAAAUCAUCUCAAACAAGAAGGAGGACCUGACGGCCAUUUUGGACCACUUCAAUAUCCAGCUGGAUAACCCGGUGUCCAUUCUCAACCAAGAAAUGAGUAAACAGUUCCUGCAUUCAAAAAGCGAGACGGACAAGUAUAAGUUCUUCAUGAAAGCAACUCUGUUGGAACAGAUGAAGAGGGAUUACAUCCACAUCAAACACACUAAAACAGUCACACGACAGCAGGUUGAGAGACAAGAGGAGUGUCUGAAGGACCUGAAGCAUGAGUUUCUGCAGAGGAAAGAACGAUAUGAAAAUUUGUCAUCCAUCAGUGAGAUGAAGGAGGUUUUGGAGAAUCUGAAGAAAGCAAUGGCAUGGUGUUUGGUCAGAGAGAAGGAGCAAUUUGUACAGCAGUUGAAGGAGGACAUUGAAAAGGAAGAGACUAAUUACAAACAUCAAUACAACUUUCAGCUCUGUCAGACUAAGUUCUUACAAGUAGAGAAAACACUUCAGCGCAUCAGAAGCACCAUAAACAGUCUAAGAGAGGAACAAGAAUCACUGUUUGGAGACAAUGUCAAGUUGAAAGAGCAAGUGAAGGUGAUCAGGAAAGCUCACAAGGAACAGGAGCUCGUUUACUUUCGGGCUCUGAACAAACUCAAACAGUCAGAGCAGGAGCAAAAUCUUUUCCGGGAGAAAGUUAACAAGGCAAAAACAAGUGGGAGCCUGAACAGCGAGGGAGAGACGCAAUAUAUGAAACAGCAGAGGACCUUAACCCAUCUCAAAGAGCAGCUUGCAGAGCUUGACAAUAAGUGCUCGCAGCUGAAUCUUGAGAUCAAGAACAACCAUGAUGCUCUUUUUAAAGGAAGGGAGGAACGCGACAAGUUGAGACUGGAAGAAAAGACUGUCCAGGCUUCCUACGAGUCCAAACUGAAGAGGAAGAAUCAGCUCCUCGCCAGUAGAUCAAACAAACUGAAAAGAUUCGGAGAUCUUUUGCCUGACCUGGUGGGCGCUAUCGCUGAGGCUUACGCCACAGGACGCUUUGUGAGGAGACCUGUUGGUCCAAUAGGGGCAUGCAUCAAUUUGAAGGAUCCCACAUUAGCUGUAGCUGUGGAGUGCUGUCUGCGGAGCUUCAUGAAGGCUUUCUGCUGUGACAACUACAAGGACGAGGCGGUCCUUCAGGAGCUCAUGUCUCGUUAUUAUCCGAGGGGCAACAGGCCGCAGAUCAUCGUCAGUCCUUUCUCCGAAAAAGUUUACAACAUUCAUGGAAGGAAGGCAUGUCAUCCAGAAUAUCCAGCUCUGCUCGACAUAAUCAGCGCAACCAGCCCAGUCAUCAUCAACUGCCUCAUUGAUAUGAGAGGGAUAGAGUCGAUUCUGAUCAUUAAAGAGAAAGAAAAAGCGAGGAAGGUCAUGCAGCAUGGCUGGCCGCCCAAAAACUGCCGUGAGGCUUUCACUGCUGAGGGAGAUCACGUGUACCCAAACCGUUACUACACCUCUGACUUCAACAUAGCAAAAUUUCUUGGUGGGGAUCUCGAGACUGAAAUAAGCAUGUUGGAGUCAGACCUGGAGAAUCACCGGGCUCAGCUGUCCAGGUUUCAGCUCCAGGUGACCUCUGUGACUGAGGACAUCCUGAGCAUGGAGAACGGGCUGAACAGCACCAUCAUGACCCUGAAGGCAACACUGGCAGCUAUGAAUAAAGUUAAAGCAGCAAUAACUGAGCUGGAGAUUUUCGGAGACGAGCAAAUUGAUGACAUCAGCUCCUUGGAAGAAGUUGCUGCAGAGAACCAACAGAAAAUCGAGGCAGAAAAGCAAUCUGUUCAUGAGGCGAAGACAGAAUUUGACAAGCAUCGAAAAAUGUCAGAAGACACAGACUCCAAAUAUUCGUCUGUUAGAGAAAGGAUUGGUCAGCUCUCUGAGGACAUGGAGCCGUUGAAGGACGAGCAGCUGAGGCUGGAGGCAGAGUGUGAAAGACAUGAACGAACCCUUAAGAUCUUCGAACACAAUCUGAGGAUUCAUGAAGGAAACAUCCAAGCUAUGAAAAAUGAACUUUCCCAAAAAGAAGAAGAGUUACAGGAAUAUGUGGCCAAAGCCACUAAGAUCAGCCCCGAACGGCAGCAGGUGACCAGCAGCACCAAGAGGAUCGACGCAGAAAUCUCUCGGCUGAAGAAGAGGCUCAAAGUGUUCGAGAGCUGCUACGGUGAGCAGGAGCAGGUGGUCAGGGAGUACGCAGAGGCCCUGGCUCUCUACAGAGAGAAGACCAACCAAGUGAGAGAUCUGCGGAAAUUCAUCGAUCGGCUCGAUAACAUCAUGUCAGACAGGCAGAACAGAUACAAAAUAAUGCGUAGGUCUCUCUCUGUCAGAUGCAAGCUGUACUUCAAUAACUUCCUGAUAAAGAUGAACUGCUGCGGCUCAAUGAUUUUUGAUCACAACAAUGAAACACUCACAAUCUCAGUAAAUCCUCCUGGCAGGGAGAAUGAUGACGUGAGUGACAUGAGGUCCCUCUCUGGUGGCGAGCGCUCCUUUUCCACUGUUUGCUUCAUGCUCUCCCUGUGGGAGAUCACCGAGUCACCCUUCAGAUGCCUCGAUGAGUUCGACGUCUACAUGGACAUGCACAGUCGGAGAAUCUCUCUGGAUCUUCUCCUGGAGCUGUCAGAGCGGCAGCACCUUCGACAGUUUGUCUUCAUCACGCCCCUGACCACAAGUCAUCUUCCCAAAACCAGUCUUAUCAAAAUCCAUCAGCUUCAGAAUCCAGAAAGAAUCCGGAGUCACACAGGAGAUGAAGAUGUUUAAAGUGAUCUCCAGUGAAAGAAACCUAAAGAGGUGAUGUUUAUGUGCACGGUUACUGUAUAUUUUAAUAUUACUGUAUGUGUGUGGGAAUUAAUGCUUGUUAAUUUCAGUUUGUUGGCAGCUGAUAAGUUUGUGACAGUAUUAUGAGUCAGAAAUAAUGAUUGUGUAAUGAUAUUGAUAUGUUGCUAUCAUACAGGUUUUUUUUUUUUACUUUUUUCACUCUUAAUGGUUUGUUAGUCACCAGCAACACCAAUGUCUCUUAAUAGCAGUGUUAUCAGCUGAAACUUAUUUGGUCUGUUCGGGUGUUUUUAUUCCAAAUUUAAUUUGAGAAUAAACCCCUGGUCCUGGCCAGUUUUGAGCUGAUUUAGCCACUAAAUUUCACUGAUUUCCCUCAUUAUCAGUCUCUGCUGGCAGUGUGUCCUAUAAGUGGGAGGUCACAGGUUUGAUUCCUGCUACAGAAAAAGCACCCUUCAUAAAGCAAACCAAUCUCUUCAAGGUGAUAAAACUAAUUUUAAAGUUAUCAGUUGAAUGAACUAAUGAUGGUGAACAGUGUAGAUGUUAAAAACAACAAAGAAGAUAGAUGUUUGUAUGUCAAAAGUCACACAAUGUACAACUUUAAGAUAUAUGGCCAACGUCUGGUGUGUCAUUAUAACUUUUAUGUGUUUUAAAAAAUAUAUUGUACAUAUGAUUCACAGGUGUUCUCUUUUUUUUUUUUUUUUUUUGUUAAUUUUAUAGCUGUAAUGUACAAAAUGAGUUCUGUUUUGAUGCUUGCAGUUGAUAAUAUGGUUAAUGAUUCAUACAUUACGCAUUAAUACUUACAGGGCCAAUUUACCGGACAGGGAUUAAGACUUCUUUCUCAAUGGAUAUUUUUCCACAGAAUCUUGUCUUUAAUCCCUGUCUGAGAAACUGAACCAUAUUGUGUUACUGUUUUUCAACUGUGUGUUUACCUCGUGAGUCUGACACCACAGAGGAAGACUUUGACUCUGUGAGACCAGAGUCUUCUCAGUCUGAUAGUGUUCAUAUUUUAAUUGGUGAGCAACUGAUUAUAUUUAAUUAUAUUUGACCUCUGUGGGAUAAAUGUGUACAACAGUGCUCUGCAGUUCUCAUCCAGUAGCCAUGAACUGUUAUGAAUGUAAAUAAUUGUUACCAUUGUUGCCAUAAACUGUGUGGUGUUUUCAUG